AUGGCGUGUCGAAGCUGCAGAAGGCAGCUCACCGUGCUCGCCCGGCAAGCGAAAGCCGUCGCAGACACCCACAAUGCAGCACCAGCGGCGGCCCUCGGCCACCAGCAGCUGCUGUUCCGCCAGUCCGCACCGCCCACAGCCAUAUCACCCGUCGAGCAGAGGAGGUGCUUCAAGGGCACGUCGAAUCGGCCGGCGUCGAAAAUCAUGCAGGGGCUCGCCAGUGUCGUCAACCGGGUGUUCGUCAAGUCGGCCGAGCCGUACCGGGUCGUGAGGGCCACCGAGGACAUAUACAAGACGUGCGCGCGAGCCGCUGCCUACACUAUAUCUGUGGAGGACAUCAAGGCCGGGACGAUACCGAAGACGAAGGAGGGCGAGGACCUCGGAAAGGGUCAGGGGAUGUGGCAUGAAGACUUCGGCCUCGCCCCGACCUUCAGCACCUGGUCGCAGGUGACGAUGCUGCACAUGUACCUGAUCUUCGCGCGCGUGCGCAACAUGGAGCGCGACGCGGCCAAGUCGUGGCAGUCGCAGCUGGUGGACCACUUCUUCUUCGACGCCGAGGAGAAGAUGGACCUGGUGCACGGCAUCAGCUCGCGCGGGCUGCGCCACCGCUACCUCAAGGACCUGUUCAUCCAGUGGCGCGGCGUCAUCGCCGCCUACGACGAGGGCGUCAUCAAGGGCGACGCCGUGCUGGCCACCGCGCUAUGGCGCAAUAUCUACAAGGCCCGCGGCGACGUCGACGUCCGCCACCUGGCAGCCCUCGUCAGCUGGAUGCGCCGCAGCCUCAAGACGCUCGACCAGAUGCCCGACGAGGCGCUGUUCGUCAGCGGCGCUGGCGCGCUGAAGUGGCCCGCCAAGAACGAGUCUGCGCUGGUGGACAAGCCCACGAGGCAGCUGGAAAAGGAGUACGCGGAGUUGGCGCAGGAAGCCCCGGUGGUGAAGAAGGUCGCUGCUGCGAAAUAG